UCUUUUCCUGGGAACCAGAUCCCUUGACCCUACUAGAAGACAAAAGAGGGAGAUGUCGUUACGCUGCGGUGUCGUCGUCCGCACCGUGAGGGCCCCGAUAUUUGGAAAAUAUUUAUGCAGUCCAGGCAGAGCAGUAAGUUCCUUGCCAGAUGAAAAGAAGGAAUUUUUACAGAAUGGACCAGACCUUCAAGAUUUUGUAUCUGGUGAUCUUGCAGACAAAAGCACCUGGGAUGACUAUAAAGGAAACUUAAAACGCCAGAAAGGAGAAAGGUUGAGACUACCUCCAUGGCUAAAGACAGAGAUUCCCAUAGGGAAAAAUUACAAUAAACUGAAAAAUACUUUGCGGAAUUUAAAUCUCCAUACAGUGUGUGAGGAAGCUCGAUGUCCCAAUAUUGGAGAGUGUUGGGGAGGUGGAGAAUAUGCCACUGCCACAGCCACGAUCAUGUUGAUGGGUGACACAUGUACAAGAGGUUGCAGAUUUUGUUCUGUUAAGACUGCAAGAAAGCCACCUCCACUGGAUGCCAAUGAGCCCUACAAUACUGCAAAGGCAAUUGCCGAGUGGGGUCUGGAUUAUGUUGUCCUGACAUCCGUGGAUCGAGAUGAUUUGCCCGAUGGAGGAGCUGAACACUUUGCAAAGACUGUAUCUUACUUAAAGGAAAGGAAUCCAAAAAUUCUUGUGGAAUGUCUCACCCCUGAUUUCCGAGGAGAUCUUAAAGCAAUAGAAAAAGUCGCUCUGUCAGGAUUAGAUGUAUAUGCACAUAACGUAGAAACAGUUCCAGAAUUACAGAGGAAAGUUCGUGAUCCCAGGGCUAAUUUCGACCAGUCUCUACGUGUCCUGAAGCUCGCCAAGGAGGUUCAGCCUGAUGUUAUUUCUAAAACAUCUAUAAUGCUGGGUUUAGGCGAGAAUGACGAGCAAGUGUAUGCAACAAUGAAAGCACUUCGUGAGGCAGAUGUGGACUGUUUGACGUUAGGACAGUAUAUGCAGCCAACAAAGCGCCACCUCAAGGUUGAAGAGUACAUUACUCCUGAGAAGUUCAAGUACUGGGAAAAAGUAGGACGUGAACUUGGAUUCCAUUAUACUGCAAGUGGCCCUCUGGUGCGUUCUUCAUAUAAAGCAGGUGAAUUUUUCCUCAAAAAUUUAGUGGCUAAAAGAAAAACAAAAGCCCUCUAACACUUAACAAGACAUUCAAGAUGGAAUCCAUUUUGCUAACAAAGGUGGUGGCAGAGUGUCUGUACUUCACUGGAUGAACCCCAAUUUUUUGUCUUAAGAAAAAUGUCAAUAAGCUGUGCAUAUUUAACUAUAGUAAUUUAUUUGUCUUUUAGCAUAUUGUUUUUGUCGCAAUAAACGAGCUUGCUGUGAUGUAAUCAUAAAACAUCUAAGAGUUUACUGUUACAGUAUAAUUAUAAAAUACAUUAAAAACUACUAGAAAAUUUUAAGCCUGUUACCUGUGCAUCAUUGGCACAUUUCAUUUCUGAUAAAUGACAUAGUGAUGAAACAAUCAAUAUAAAUUGAGACUAUGAUCAGAUUACUUAUAAUUAGCACAUGUUCUUUACAUAACAGUUAUAGCAUCAUUGGAAUGAUUUAGAAAAGCUUAAGAGUUUGAGUGUUGAUUUUUACAUUGGUGUGACUACUUCAGACCUGCAAAAUAGUUUUGCAUUGAUUACUUGUUUAGGACCUGUGUGAAACCAAGACCACGGUGUUGUCCAAGACAGGGAAACAUAACCUAAGAAUAGUGUGCUACAUAUAUAUGACUAUCCCUUUUGUCAAAUUAAAUGUAAUGGAAUCUCAAUAUAAAAUAAUUAAAAUAGUAUUUUAUUAGCACAAUGUAUGUUAAAGUUUCAGAUUGGUGACAACGAUAUAUAAAAACAGUGGCUGAUGAAGCUAUUUUGAUACAAAUGUGAAAUUGGGAGUCAUUUGCAGUUUUGUCAGCCUUAGUGGUCUACUUAUUCCUUUGUUUUAUUUUAGUUACACAGAAAUGAGAAAAAUCCUGACACAGCUAAAUAAUAGUAAACCGACAAAAUUUUGAACACCUCAUCUUGCAAUGUCAGGAUAUUCUCCUGUCAAAAUCCAAAAACUUGAAAGAGCAGGAAAUGUUUGUUUGAAAGUGAAGUCGCUUCUGGAUUUGUUAUUCAUUAUUUUGUGACUGACCUUUGUACCGUGACUAGAAUGUGUGACCGAAUGCCUGGGUCUUGCUGGACACAUUUGAAUGUGAUGAACGUGCUGUAGAGGUAUACUGCCUUGCACACCUGUACCAGAAUGUACAGGCUUGAAUUUUUAAAAGGCCAGGGCAGAGCUCUGACCUUCCUAAACAAUGAUGCACUAAUAAGAAGUACAUUGAAAUGCACAGGCAUGGCAGGAGGUCUCUACAGCAAUUCUUGAUUGGGCAGCACAAGUUAAUACAUCAGUGGUCUCCAGUGUAUUAAAAUUUGUUAUGUACUCA